AUGUAUCUGCACGACUAUUUAAAUAAGAUAAUGCGCGUGUGGAAUGCGUACGAGGGCCAGGCAGUGGCUCGGUUUCUGUCGCUCCAAGAUAUUCACGUUAACGAUGCCAACCUGUACAAGGAAAACCCGGAUGCCGCUGUCAGCCGGCAGUUACCUACUCCGCUGGAUGAAAUCGUUUCUGCCCACCUGAAAGCCGUCUACCAUCUGAUGCGUUCCGAAGCACCAAACUACACCGAGGCGUACCGUCACCAAACGAGCUGCAUCCAGGCGGUCGUGAAGCUGUUGCAACAGAUGAAGGAAGAAAAUUGGAUCCUCCCGAUUAUGUACGUCGUUUCGAUCGAUUUGCGACUACUGGCCACUAAAUGUGAACAGCAAACGAAUUUCUCCAAGUGUGGAGAAAUCUUGGAAAAGGCCGCUGAAAGUCUUAUGUCGUGUUUUCGUGUAUGUGCCGGCGAUACGCGUUCCUCAGAUGAAGACACGAAGCGGCUCGGGAUGCUAAAUCUGGUCAACCAGCUGCUGAAGGUGUACUUCCGCAUUAACAAGCUACACCUGUGCAAACCGCUUAUCCGUGCGAUCGAUAGUUCAAACUUUAAGGACAGCUUUUCCCUAGCGCAACGCAUCACGUACAAAUACUUUGCCGGCCGGAAAGCGAUGUACGAUUCGGAUUUUAAAAAUGCGGAAGAAUAUCUCAGCUUUGCGUUCGACAACUGCCCGCGAAGGUUUACGAAAAACAAGCGGCUUAUACUGAUCUAUCUCACCCCGGUCAAGAUGCUGCUUGGGUAUAUGCCCCGGAAGGAGGUACUCGAGCGGUACAAUGUGCUACAGUUUCACGAUCUGGCUUCGGCCGUAAAGGAAGGCAAUGUGCGACGGUUCGACGAAGCGAUCCGCCGGCAUGAGAUGUUCUUCAUCAAUGCGGGCGUUUAUUUAAUCGUGGAAAAGAUGAAGAUACUUACGUACCGGAACCUAUUCAAAAAGGUACACCAAACGCUGCAAACGCAUCAGAUCGAUAUGAACGCGUUCCAGACGGCGCUACAAUUUUCCGGCGUGGAGGAUGUUUCCAUGGACGAGACGCACUGUAUCGUGGCAAACUUGAUAUACGAAGGGCGCAUCAAGGGAUACAUUAGCUACCAGCACAACAAGCUCGUCAUAUCGAAGCAGAACGCAUUCCCGAGUGUGGUGGCCGCUUGA